ACUACGAGAGCCCUUGGGUACAACAAUUAGAUGUAUGAUACCCACAUCUCUCAGCCAAGCUUUACAAUUCGUUAUAUCUGAAGACAAUGUCAGCUAUUUCCAAAAUUAUAACAAAAAUUUUGGAAAAUCACAAAAUGUGCCAGAGAAUCAAACUUCCAGGCCAAUGCAAAGGCCAAUGUUUAAUCAAAAUACACCUUCAUACUUUCAGCCUACUAAUUAUUCAUUCAGUCAGCCGAACACUUCAACAUUCCAACCUAGAUUCAAUUCGACUUUUCCGACUAGACCUGUAAACUUGCCAAGGCCAGUUUAUCGUCCCCAGAGAUUUCCCACGAAUUCUCAGGUUUUUAGACAAACACAGAAUAACAGAAAUGUUUUCAAACCUAACCCUAACCGUACUUUGCCACAAACUACUCUAAUGAGUACUUCUACUAGAAUUUCUUUCAAACGUGAACAUAAUUCGACAGCCAAGCAACAACCAAAACCAAAUUGGAUCGCUGAAGAGCUAUUCAAUACAGAGACAGAAAGUAAUAACACCUAUGAAGUUCCUGGUCACGAAUCUUUUGUUUGCGAUCAAACUGUAGCUGAACCACAAAAUUCAGAUAGAUAUUUUACUGAUCAGUAUUGCGAGUAUUAUACACAAGAUAAUCCUGAAACUGAUCACGUAGAACCACCUCAAAAUUUUCAGAAGGACUCAUUCAUAGACCACAAAACCUAG